AUGGGCUGCCUGCUGUCGCUCUUUCUCGUGACACCUUUUGCCACAAGAGCGUGUGAUUAUCGACCUCCUUCGAGCGACGAUGUAACCAUUGCGUUCACGGAAUAUCCCAGUGCAACUUUUGAGGACGCAAAGUAUCCUAAUGCACCCUACAAGGACACUGGAGGUUCCGAAACACGUAUAAGAGGAGGUGACGCGCAGUGGGAUUGGAUCCGAAUAGAGAUCGUCUAUGAUCGCACAUUUUGGCUGCUUAAUCAGGAGCAGCAGAAAACACUCGGAGGAUUAAUCAAAACAGCUCGCGACUACUUCGAGAGCACAAUCAAAGUAAAACGUUUGAGCUCGUUGCAGCUUGUCCCGCCUGUAGCAGGAUCUGUCAACAUUUGCCCGCAAUCUUUUACUAAAAUGAAGGCCAAUGAAUUGGACCAGUGGGAAGCUACAAUCAAACACGAACUCAUACAUGCUUUUGUAUUCUCCAACUCCCUUUAUCAACGAUUUCGCGUCCCAUUUAGAGGAGCAAAAAAUGCAGCACAUAAAUCAUUUAUAGUUGAACAGAUUGAGCGCUUAGAUUGGGAGAGCGCAAAAGGCAAAGGUUCGCACAGCGUUCUUAUGAUUGUUACACCUAAUGUAAAAAGAGAAGCUCAAAACUACUUCAAUUGUUCAAGUUUGGAAGGAGCUGAACUGGAAAGUCAAGGUUCCAGUGGGACAGCAGGUUCUCAUUGGGAGAAAAGAGUUUUAGAGAAUGAAGCAAUGACGGGUGUAACAACACAAGUUUUCGCGAUCAGUCGUAUCACUUUGGCACUUUUCGAAGACUCAGGAUGGUAUAAAGUAAAUUACGAUUUUGGAAAAGCCGAGAACAUGACUUUUGGAAAGGGAUUGGGAUGCAGCUUUGCAAAACAAAGCUGCAUGACUUGGAUCAAAACACAUUCCAAAGAUCCAUAUCCAUUUUGCAGAGUAUACGGAGACAUGAGAUGUACUGAUACUCGAAAAGCAAAAGUGCGUUGCAACUUGGACACUAAGAAGAAAAACGUAGAAAGCAAAUUCAAUUACAAUGCAAACAACUUAUACGUAGAUGCGAAAGGAAAUCCAGUGCACGGAUAUGGAUCUAUAGAACUAGCAGAUUUUUGCCCAUAUUACAGGGUGUACAACGACAUUUCAAGAGAAGACUCUGAUACACGAUGCACCCUUCCGCUCAACAUGAACUACAUCAACUACUCUCUCGAGGUGUUUUCUCCAACGGCUCGCUGCAUCGAGUUAGAUGGCGGUAUCAACGUUAGAAAUACAUACGGAUCUACAACUUGGACACACGCAGCAGGUUGCUACGAGCUUCCAAAUGAAUCAGUAUUCUGUGAGAACCAAGCGACCUCGGCAACGCCGGCAAAUCCAGCAACCUCAGCAACGCCGGCAACCUCGGCAACCAAUGCCGGCAACCCAUGGUCGUUCUCUAAAGGAACACUGUGCGACAAGAACUUGCUGUUUAUCAAGACUCAAAAAUCUAAGUUCUACCCAUGUUAUAGACAGGGGCAACUAAUCCAUGUCAAAAAGAGGUUACAUGGUAUCGGAACAGUAUCAACUCGCAUUAUCUGCCCCAAAUGCGCAGAGAUUUGUGGUGAGCAGCACUGUGCUCCGGAAAGAAGCGUCGCUAAGAAAAUUGGUGACGAGUGCCAAAAAAGUAACGUGAAUUCUGCUGUUGUCUUUUCUGCACUGAUUAGCAUAUUGUUAUGCUCUAAUAUCACAUAGCGUG